AUGUCGCAACCGCAACCAGCCCGCACGCCUCCCUUCACGCAGGCGCCGCUGCCACCCUACACCUUCAAUCCGGACCUCACCGAAGAUGAGAACUUCCUCACAUGGAGCGUCAUCCUCGCCCGUAGCUCCUUCUCCAAGCGCGGACACAUGGGCGCCCUCGUCGUCGGACCACCCGCACCUCCUUCCGCUCUUGAGCUUUCCUCCUCCUCCUCUUCCUCAUCGCCACCCGCAUCUGAGCCCGUGUCGGCGGCAUCGCGCGUACUCGUCUACGCCAACAACACGCCGCUCCUCUACACGACGGGCCACCCGCGCAACGUGGCCGAGAUCCACGCCGAGGCGCUCUGCACCUCGCUCGCAGCCAAGCGCGGCAUCUGCAUCGACGGCGCCACCGCCUACGUCACCUACCCACCCUGCCUGGAGUGCUUCAAGUUGCUCCUCAUGGCGGGCGUACGACGCAUGGUCUACCGGAAAAACUACAACCUCGUCUGCACCGACUCGGUCCUGGUCACUGCCGAAGUCUGGGGCGUCGAGCUGGUGGGCACCAUGUGCGGCUUCAUCCAGGAUCCCGCGAGACCCUGGCAGGAGGGGAUUGAGGAGAAGGUCAAGUCCGAAAUCGCCUCGAUGCCCGAAGAUGAGCAGGUGCGCCAGCUCGACCAACUGCUAGCGCUGCCCGUCGACGACCUCGGCGACUACGAAAAGGUCAAGAUCACCCAGCUCUCGUGGCUGCAGGAACGUCGCACCGACCGCAAGAGGGAGGAGAGGGCCAGGGCCUUCUGGAACGACGUGACGGGCGAGACGGCCGUCGAGACGCGGCAAAAGUGCGCCGACUGGUGGGAGCGGUGGCAGAGCAUCUACAAGCAAGCCGCCAGGAAGCUGCGGUCGCAGAACCGAGGCGGCUUCAUGGAGAAGGACAAGAAGGCGCAGAAGAAGGAAAAGUCCAAGCAGGCCGCAGCGUCCGAAGCGGCGCGCGACGAGCACGACGGUACCGGGUCCACGCCCGGCGUUCCCGCAAAGAGGGCCGCCUCAGAGGCCCUCGACGACAACGACGAUGCCGACAUGCCAGACAGUCACCAGGGCUAG